AUGCCGCCCUCGCUCCUCUCGCUCCCCGACGAGCUCCUCGACCUCGUCGUCGACCAAGCGCUCGGCGAGUUUGCGCCGAGGCUGUACAAGGCGCGGCAAGACACCUGUCGUACCCUGUCGCUCGUCAACAAGCGCGUCGGCGCCAUCGCCCAGCCCAAACUCGUCGAGGUCGUGCACGCCUUCAUGUUCUCGCAGCCCGGCUUCCGGGCCCGGCUUAAGCUUGAGCAGGUGCCUCGGCGCAACCGCGUGAGGGUGCUGUGCCUCGAGGGCGUCGGCUUGAACGGUUCAGUCGACGGCUUCCUGUCGUUCGCCGCCGUUCGCGACCUGCGGCUCACGGUCUUUCGGGAAGUCCGCCUCGAGGACCUCGGCCAGCUACCAGAGCUUCGCGCGCUCGUCCUCUCGAACGGCAGCUUCUCGAUCAACAAGCCCUUGGUCGCGCCCAAGCUCGAGCGACUCGCCAUCUCGAGCUGCGCCUUCAACCGUCUAGUCGACAUGCAGGCCUUGACCGCAAAAGGCUGUCCUUCUCUGCGGCACCUGUACGCCGACAUGUUGCCAAAGCCACGGCCAUUGUGGACGCGCGACCUCGUCGCUCAAGUCGACACAUUGGGCGUCGAGCUCUACUACGACUACUCGCAGCGGCCCUCGUGGACGAGCAUCGUCGGCCCUGGCAACGGCCCAGAAGACGAGGCGUUUUUCGACAAAGCGCUGUUCGACCUGUAUUCAAGCGAGGUCGAUAACCUGCCCGACUCAAAAAGGGACGUCAAGCACCUUCGCCUUCAUGUCAGCGGUACGUUGAUACGGGUCGACUCGACACCGAUCGCCGCCCAACUCGCCGUCCUCGCCGGCCACCUGUCGACGGCCUACCCGGCCCUCGAGACCCUGUACCUCCCGCUCGUCCUCGACACCUCGCGCGUCAUGCAUCAGCGCAAGCUGGUCGACGCCGUCGAGAAGCUCGUCGCAGCAUGCGCGAGGCAGCACGUCGAGGUCGUGCACGAGCACGGGCUCGACGCCGACGUGUUUGGCGAGGACCGCGCUGCGCCGCACUUUGAGGCGCGCUGCAGGCGCAUCAAGGCCGAGCGGGCGGCGGCGGCAACGACGACGAGCGCGAGGUUGAGCGGCGCGAGGGCUGUGCACUGA